AUGUCCGAAUACUGGGUCUCCAAAAAGAAGUACUUUUGCAAGUACUGCGAAAUCUACAUCGCAGACGACGCGCCCUCCCGACAACACCACGAAAAUGGAAUGCGACACAAAGGCAACCUCGAGCGGUACAUCCGCGGGAUCUACAAGACAGGUGAAAAGAGAAAGAAGGAUUUGGAGGAGGAGAAGCGGGAGAUGGCACAGAUAGAGAGGGCGGCGAAUGCGGCUUUUGCUCAGGAUAUUGGGUCGGGCGUGGCGAAGCCUUCUGCACCAGUAGCUUCAAGUUCGUCGGCUGCGAGGAAACCACCUGCCAAACCGUCGAAUCCGUACGCCAAUUAUACGACAGCUGCCCAGUUGGGAAUUACGGAUCCGGAUGCUGAGAGGUUGGCGGCGGAGCAGGAGAUGAGGAGGUCACAGGGUGUUGCGGGUGAAUGGCAGGUCGUGUCGACAAUACCGACACCACAGACGUCGCAAUCACCCGAACUGGAAGACGAGAAGGACGUUAAACCAGACAUUGAAGGGUCAGCAGUUGUAGGGGAGAAACGACCUGCAGACGACGAGGAUGCACAUGGGUUCAAAAUCAGGAAGAAGAGGUUGAAUACUGGGCUAGGCGAGAUUUACGACCCGGGGCUUAUACCUAUCAAGGUGAAGAAGAAGGAAGAACCUAAAGAACCUUCGUUACCACCCGCUGCUGAAGCCAGCACAUCGCAGUCUGCAUCCCAGCCAUCGGAAGAGCGACCCAAAUGGGCGCCUCUUUCACUCAAACCUCGUGCGGAAGGGUCGACUUUGACACCCACCUCUGGUUCACCCGAGUCAUCGACACCUGCGCCUGCGACGACGACGGAAGGAGAGGCUCCUAAACCUGCUGCAUCGAAGUGGGCCAAGGUAUCAUGGGGAGCACCCGUUGAAGACGUCAAGACAGAACCUGACUCGACACCCUCGGAGCCCAUAAAGACUGACGAACCCUCUGAACCCACAUCCCAAACUACACCUGCGGUCAAGGAAGAAUCCCCUGACAAAUCAGUCCCACCAGAGCCAGCUGAAGCUCCAGCUCCGAUGUUCAAGAAACGCAAAGCACCACCGAGUACGGCUCGCGGUCGGAGAGUGGUGUAA